AUGCCACAUGUGCUCUGGUACCACCAACGACUGCACGCUAUAGUCAUGUACGCAAAGUUGUUCAUCGUUUGCUGUGUGUGUGCGGCGGCAUCAGCAGCGCCCGGUUACCUCGAUGGCAUCGGCUACGCGGCUCCCGCCAUUGCAGCGCCGGCGUUCACACACGCCAUUGCUGCACCAGCCAUCACACACACUAUUGCUGCUGCUCCCGCGGUAGCAGUGGCCCACGCGCCGGUCGCCGUUGCGGCCCCCGUAAUAGCAGCAGCCCCCUUCGGCCACCCUUGGCGCUAG